CAGCUCUCGCGCGUAUUCACGCGGGCGUUCUCCAGCACGCCCCUGGCAGCCGCCGGCUCACUGAAGACCUCGUCGUCGUCGCGCAAGAAGCUUUCGCACAUGCUCAAAAACGUGCCCACGUACCCGUUUCCGAUCCAGCAGACGUUCAAGCAGAGCUGGUUCGGGCUGUACGGCGGCAAGCACAUACAGUUCGGCAACAACAUCGGCCCCAAGAGUCAGUUCAAGACGCGGCGCUUCUGGAUGCCGAAUAUUCGCCACACCCAUCUGUACUCCAAGGCCCUGGGCAUGAAUCUCAACCUCGAGGUCUCGACGAGUGCGCUACGGACCAUUGAUAAGGUGGGAGGUCUGGAUAAUUACCUUCUCGGCUCGAAAACGGCACGCCUGAAGGAAUUGGGACCGAAGGGAUGGAAGCUUCGACACCGGGUGUUGAAAUCCGCGUGGUACCAGAAGCUGGCGGCAAAGGAGCGGGAGGCUCUG